CGGAAGUGACGUAGAUCACGGAAGCGGAUGUCAAGCUGCGGAAGCGUGUGUAGCGGGGAACGCGAGUAGUGUGGUGUGACCGAGGCUUCGCUGCACGCGGCAGACAUGUUCCUGCAAUUUUACCUGAACGAGCAGGGGGAGCGGGUGUACACCAUGAAGAAAGUGUCUCCUAGUGGACAGCCAACCUCCUCAGCUCAUCCUGCCCGCUUCUCACCAGAUGACAAGUAUUCCCGACACCGCGUCUCUAUCAAGAAGAGAUUCGGCCUGCUACUAACUCAGCAACCAAGACCUAUUCUAUGAGACCAAUGGGAAUAGAUGCAAGUUUCUGGAGGAAUGACUGCUGGACAUAGUCAUAUAAAACCUUUACUUUAUCACAUGCAAUCCUAUUGGACAUUUGUGACUAUCAUUUACCAUGGGAUGUACAUCCUGUUUUUUGUAUAAAAUAAAGAUCUGAGAGGUCGGAUAAUAGUCUGCUUGUUUGCUGUAGGUUUAAUACAUGUAAAUGCAUGAUGUGUAUGUGACAUGUACAAUAAAUGUACUGUCGAACAUA